AUGCGCUACUGUCGCCUCCUUGCGCCCGUCGUGAGUGUUCUGGUGUUCGCUCGCCCUGGUCUCGUCUCGGCCUCGACGAAGGGGUCAAACGGCACGACGUCCGACUUCCGCGUCCUCGAGCACGGGCCUCCGAAUGAGCUGCAGGAUGCCCGUUCCGUCGACAAGGAAGCGCAAGAAGAUCGAGCCCCAUAUUUCGGAACUGAGAAGGCUGCCACUAUAGUAGCAAGACACGUGAAUGCCAUGGUUGAGGCUUUCGAUGCUGCAAAGCGUGGGACCCAGACGCUCACGGCGGCCGAAGACCUGGAACACUUUCGGACUGUGAUCGGGUCGAUGCGGACAUCGAGCGAGCGCAUGCAACACGUGGAUCAUGGCUACCCUUCCGAUAAGCACUCAAAGCUCGCCGAAAUGAUGUUUUCUCGUCCCUCGUUCUUGAAAAAGCGCUCGCUGAAAACCGGCGAGAUGACUACCGAGGAAGUCAACAAUAUGUACGAGGAGUACAAGAAGAUAAUCCCCAACGAUCGAGAUUUGGCCGUCCUGAUUCAGCUUGCAAAGGAAUUCGGGACGGCGCCGGCAAAAAGAAACGCGGAGUCAAUGGAAAAGGUGCAGUUUGAAGCGUGGGCGAAGGCGAACGUGGCUCCGCAAGAUGGUCCACUCAAGUGGGAUCCAGCGCAUUCGGCUCUACACGGUCGUGACGCCGAGGUAAAGAAAGUCCAACAAGCGUACGCAAAGCAUCGCCCUGCCAAGUAG